ACGCACGAGGCAGACCAAACCGACCAGCGUUCAGGAAAGAGCAAGCAUCCGUUUUCUAAUACUCUUUUACAAAUUUCGUUUUCCGCUGAGGAAAAAUGAAGCGCAGUUUGAGCGACAGUGACAGUGAGAGCUUAUUCGAUGACGAUUUGAAAUCAAGUGGGUCACCUUCCCAGAGUUGCCAUGUUACAGACAGAAAAAAGAGACGUGGGGUUAUUGAGAAGCGUCGACGUGACAGAAUAAACAACAGCUUGUCAGAACUCCGUCGUCUUGUUCCAUCCGCAUUUGAAAAACAGGGGUCAGCAAAAUUGGAGAAGGCUGAAAUCUUACAAAUGACCGUUGACCACUUGAAACUGCUGCACCAGAAAGGUAUGAACGGAUAUAAUUAUCCAGACCCCCACAACCUUGCUGUGGAUUACAGAGGUGUUGGGUACCGAGAAUGUGCAUCAGAAGUUGCGCGUUAUCUCGUUGCUGUGGAAGGAAUGGACUUGCAGGAUCCUAUGAGAAUGAGAUUAUUGAGUCAUCUGCAGUGUUUCUCUGCCCAAAGAGAGGCUGCAGCCAAAGCCACGCUUCAAAAUUCAACAUGGAGUAGCAUGACACCGCAUACACCAAUCACCAAUCAGUACGCCAACGGAAGUAGUAUGCAGUCUAUGGGAUCUUUGAACAACCAGUCAGAGUUAGCAAUGAGCACUCAUUCCUCCCAUCAAGGGAUUUCAUCAGUGUCCUUCAGUGAGGCCCGGAUCAGCCAACCUGAGUCCCUUCAUGGAAACCUCCGACUUCCCUCUAGUAUGAAUAUGCCUAUUCACGGACAAAUGUCUAACAUGAACACUGCUGCCGCACAACAAGUGUCGCCGUCUUUGCUUCCUCAGUUACACGGACAGUUCCCAGUGUCGUUAAACUCUAUGCAAAGUAUGAUGUCACAAAAUGGUUCGAACAAUUACAAUAACAACUCUGUGAAACCCUAUCGUCCAUGGGGAAGUGAGCUAGCAUACUGAUAGCAUCUCGUCACUCGUUGAUAAAAACAUCGUCGUGUGUUUAACUGAAAACUUCCAAGUUAAUAACACUUCACGAAAAAACAAAAAUUGAAUUACGAGAAAACUACUUUUUGUGAUGCAACACAGCUGAAAUCAUUCCAUGGAGUUUGUUGGAUACUAUAUGUAUGUUACUUAAUGUGAAUAUGUGCUUAUUAUGUUCGUCUGGCUAUGAUUACUGAGAAUGUGACUGUCUAAUUUGAUUUUUACUAUAGUUGUAAAAUGUGUGUUAUUCAGACAACGAAGUGCUUCUUAAAGUGGUAUAGUGAUGACAGCCUUACAUCGAGAUAUUUAAUUAAUUUUAAAAUUUAAUGUUAAAAUUUACGCGAAAUUCAACUCUACAAAAAUGACGUUCACACUCUGAGUUCAAAAGUACUUUGGUAAAAUGUUUCCAUUGUAUCAUGAACAGAAUGAUAAUCAUUACAAAGUUAACUCUUCAAAUACGUUAUUAUUUUUCAUAUUUCAGAACGAUUUCAAGUUUAUCAAGUGAGGUCGUGUUAAUCUUGCAACAAAAUAGUGAUUUUUUUUCAUUAAAAUAAGUUAAAAUUGUUUGGUAUACAGAAACUAUUGUGUAGCGAUAUAAAGUAAUGUUCUGUAGCUUAAGAAUAAGAAAAUGAAUUGAAUAUUAUACCAGUAUAAAUUUAUCUUUUAUAGUACUUAUAAUGUA